AUGGUAGUUGGAUCUAGACUGAGAAUAAAAACACUAAAUAAUGAAAUAGAUAUUGAGAUAAACGGUAAUAUGGUCAACCAAGUUACUUCGGUAAAAUCUCUGGGUGUCCAUCUUGAUAAUCACCUUAUGUGGUCUGAGCAUACUGAUAAACUAUGUAAAAGUGAAAUUGCUUCAGCCAUAGGGGCUUUAAAAC